AUGCGUGAUCGGUUUGCAGAUUUCCAGAAAACCAUCGAUCAUUUCGAUGAAGUCGAACUGGGAACUCCGCGACCACAAUCUGCUGCUGAUAGAUUGGACCAGCGGAUGAGAGAUGUUCGAAUUACACUAGAUCGAAUCACCUCAGAAUUGGACAGUUUAAAACGGAAACAAAUGCAAAUACUGUCUCUAACUGUAGCUGAUCCCAGAGAUAAGGAUGUUCUUGAGAAUCAGAUCGCUACCAUUAGACAGAGCACAAAUGAUUUGAGAAAGUCUGUUAAGGAGAUCGACGAUGAAUUCUUAGAAUUUGCACGUAUUGCUCAUUCAAAUGCUGAGGUGCGGAUCAGGAAGAAUCAAAUUGAAUUAUUACGAAGAAAACUGCGCGACCUAAUGACAUCAUUUCACGAAACCCACGCAGAUUAUAGAUCACGGGUAUCAGUUCGAGUACGUCGGCAACUUCAAGCUGUUGGAGGUGAUGUAUCGGAAGAAGAUAUUAAUCGCGUUUUAGCUGGUAAUGCUGAUAAGCUCUUCUUCCGAGAAGUGAACCCAUUAUCAAUAAGUGAACGAGCAACAUUAGAAGAUGCGAAGAAGAGGCAUAAUGAAAUAUUAGAAUUAGAGAAAAGUAUAGCAACAUUAGAAGAGAUUGCUGUGGACAUACAACAUCUAGUAGAAACACAGGGCGAAAUGGUGGACAACAUAGAAAGAAAUGUUGAAGAUACUACAAAUUAUGUACAUCAGGGGGGUCGAAAUGUAAAACAAGCCGUGGAAUAUAAGAAAAGUGCUGUUCGUAAGAAGAUUUGCGUUAUAACUAUUCUAAUUGUAAUUGUGUUACUUUUAAUAGUAGUAGCCAUUAUCUUAGCCGUCGUACUAUCCGGCCGUAAAUAG